UCUCUUACUCCUUCCGUUUCCGUCCGCCUCACCACCGUAGCAGCAUCGCCGGCGUCCUCUCCGUCUAACCCGACAAAAAAAAAACAAUUUUAAAAAUUUCCCAAACCGACCAUCUCCGCAAAAAAACACGUGACGAUCGUUGCGAUGAGCCUGAGCACGUGACAUUCCCAUUGUUCCGCUUAAAUUUCAUGACUUUUUGAGUUCAAGUUCGUGGGUCUGCUGUUCGUUGAUUUCGUGGCUUGUUAGUGCAAUUUCAAGCACGACUUGCAGCUUUUAAUUGAAUUGAAGUUCUGGACACUUGCUGCUUUGGUUCUUCCAAUCCCCAACUGUCCAACCAACCAGUUUAUUCAAUUGAAAGAGCAAAGAACGAAGGAAGAGGCGAGUAUAUGAAUUCUAUCAAGUCCCAAUUUAGAACAGUCUAAAACAAAUAGUUGAGUGACAGCCAAGGAAGUUAAAAAAAUUGACUUGAGAGUCAAUAUAGGUGAGCUUGGAAGCCUAUUUUGUCAGUUCAGUUGCAGGUGGAACAUAAAGAAGAACAAAGAAUGAGCAGAAGGCCACCACCUGAUCCUGUGGCAGUGUUACGUGGCCAUCGAGCUUCGGUCACAGACAUUUCUUUUCAUCCCUCUAAGCCAAUAUUAUUCUCCGGUUCUGCUGAUGGUGAAGUGCGGAUUUGGGAUACACUUCAGCAUCGGACAGUGUCAUCAGCAUGGUUACAUAGUGCCGCACAUGGUAUUGUUGCUGUUGCUGGUAGUUCUUCCCUUGGAAACAAUAAAUUUGUCAGCCAGGGUAGGGAUGGAACUGUAAAAGUUUGGGAACUUGGUGAUGCUGGUUUGUCCAGGAUUCCAGUACUUACAAUCAAGACAAAUACUUACCACUUUUGCAAGUUUUCCAUGGUGAAGAAGCAUUCUGUUUGGUCAAAAGAAGGGAAAGCAUCAGAAGAUUCCUAUAGAUCAGAGCUAGGAGGAGUGCCUGAUAGAGAAAUUCUGGAGGAUAGAAGAGAAGAGGCUUAUACCAAUCAAAGUUGUUCUGAAAGCUUUGGAGAAAAUAUGUAUAAUGAAGGGCUACAAUAUGUGGCUUUGUCAGGGGAAAAGUCCUCUGAGGUUGAAAUUUGGGAUCUCAAGUCAGCUGAAAAAGUUGUACAACUCCCUUCAAGCAAUCCUAGUAACUCUUCAAGUCCUUGCAACAAAGGGAUGUGCAUGGCACUUCAAUUAUUUUUACCGUCUGAAUCACAAGGAUUUUUAAAUGUCUUGGCUGGAUAUGAGGAUGGUUCCAUGCUUUGGUGGGAUGUACGGAAUCCCGGAGUUCCAGUAACUUCUGUAAAAUUCCAUUCUGAGCCAGUUCUGAGCGUCUGUAAUGAUGGGUCUUGCAAAGGGGGUAUCUCAGGAGCUGCAGAUGACAAAAUUGUAAUGUACAGCUUGGAUCAUUCUUCGGGUACAUGUGUGGUCAAGAAAGAAAUCAGUUUGGAUCGACCGGGCAUCUCAGGCACCUCAAUUCGGCCUGAUGGAAAAAUUGCUGCAACUGCUGGCUGGGACCACAGGUUGAGGAUAUAUAAUUACCGCAAAGGAAAUGCUUUAGCUAUUUUAAAGUAUCACCAUGGCACAUGCAAUGCUGUAACUUAUUCGUCUGAUUGUAAGCUUAUGGCCUCUGCAUCGGAGGACACAACCGUGGGGCUAUGGGAAUUGUAUCCUCCUCGAAUAUGAUAAUGAAUUUGAUGAAAUUAUUCAAUGUCCACAGUUGUAGAUUACACAUUUUCCUUUCACAUUUAUCAGUUUCCUAAAACACCUAUAUUUUGUGAGACGUCAUUAUCGUUUCAUUGAUAAGGUUUGGAACAUUUGUGUUAAUCUUGUGCUCUAAUAAGCGGUUAAAAAUGUCAAAUUAUUGAAAUUACUACUAACGAAUAAUCAAAUUGUGGAUGCCUAUAUCUUUUAUCAUA